AAUUUGUAAUAUUUGUAUUCAGAAAAUAAAAUAUUAGUCAAUAGUUUUUACUUUUUAGAGCUUUUGAAGAUUGACUUUUAUAUAUUAUAGUGGAGAAGUAAAAUAAAGUGAAGUAUAUUAUUUUAUUUGCAAGCUUCCCAUCAUGUUCGAUAAUUUAUCCAUUUGGAAAUGGCAUAUGGACUUUGUGGGCCAAAAACAUGCUGAAUAUUUGUUUAGAACCAUUAUUACUAUGUGUGGGUUUGUUGGUUUUAUUUUGGGGUACGUAAAAGAGCAAUUUUCAAUCACAAUUGGUCUAACAUUAAUUGGAUUUUUUGUUUCUGCUUUACUGACAAUUCCACCUUGGCCUUUUUAUGCUCGUAAUCCACUUAGAUGGCAAAAAGUAAAGAAGGUUAAGAAAAUUGAAAAUAUCCUAACCUAUGAUGAGUACAAAGAAGAAAAAAAGAAAGAAAAAAAGAAGACAAAAUGAAAUAGUUUAUAGCAUAUUUUUUUAAUAUUUUAUUUUUUCCUAUUAUAUUAUUUAAUUUAAAUCAAUUAUUUGAAAUAAAUAUAUGUUAUAUAUUAUAUUAUAUUGUAUUAAAAGAAAUUAUAUUUACAUUAAAUAUUAUGAAUAAGCUAGGUAUGUAAAUGUCCUAAAAAAAAGAAAAAAAAUUUUAAACAUGGGUUUAAGUUAGUAACUACUCUGCUGUACAGUUGUUUAAUCAAUCUCGUCAUUGUGGAGUAAGUCAUUGUAAUGUAUGUGUUAAAUUUGAAUUUAAUGAUAAAUCAUUGUUUAUAAAAAACAAUUCAAAGCAAACAUAGUCUGUCAGUCUAUAUUAUUACGUUAAUUUGAUGAUACAUUUAUAUUACAAUUAAAGUUUAUUUUGUUCUUAAUAA